CGAUUUUCUAGGUAACAGGAAGAUGCAAUCUUAUAUAAUCGACUGAAACUGAGACAAAUCCAGUCCAUUCAGUGAACUAUCACACACCAUGAAUAGGUUUCUGGUCUGUAGAGGAACAAGGGCCGGAGCUCCCCAGAAGGUUGUCAGCUGGUUCGGUUCUUUCAAUCUCGUAAGAUCUGUUCAUUCUAUACCCUUUGCUACCGUAGAUGUUGAAGAAAUAUCAGGUUCUCAACCCGCCGAAGUUCAUAACUUGGUGCAGGGUAAAUGGAAAGGAUCUUCAAGUUGGAAUACGCUUUUGGAUCCUUUAAAUGGAGAGCCAUUUAUUAAAGUUGCUGAGGUAGAUGAAAUAGGCAUUCGGCCAUUUAUAGAGAGCUUGUCCAAGUGUCCGAAACAUGGUCUACACAAUCCAUUUAAAGAGCCAGAGAGGUAUCUUUUGUUUGGAGACAUAUCUGCAAAGGCAGCCCACAUGCUUUCCCUCCCAAAGGUUUCCGAUUUCUUCACUAGGUUAAUACAAAGAGUUGCUCCAAAGAGUUACCAGCAGGCUCUUGGUGAAGUUGUUGUUACACAAAAAUUUCUAGAGAAUUUCUCUGGUGAUCAGGUUCGUUUCCUUGCAAGGUCUUUUGGAGUACCUGGAAAUCAUCUCGGACAGCAAAGUCAUGGUUUUCGUUGGCCUUAUGGUCCUGUCGCAAUUAUUGCUCCUUUCAAUUUUCCCCUGGAGAUUCCUGUACUUCAGUUGAUGGGCGCACUUUAUAUGGGAAACAAACCGAUUCUUAAAGUUGAUAGCAAGGUGAGCAUUGUGAUGGAGCAAAUGAUGCGACUACUUCAUUAUUGUGGGUUACCUGUGGAUGAUGUUGACUUUAUAAAUUCUGAUGGGAGGACAAUGAAUAAGCUACUAUUGGAGGCAAAUCCACGAAUGACCCUAUUUACUGGUAGCUCAAAAGUGGCAGAAAAAUUGACUGUUGACCUUAAAGGUCGAAUUAAGUUGGAAGAUGCAGGAUUUGACUGGAAAAUUCUUGGGCCUGAUGUUCAGGAGGAGGAUUAUGUGGCAUGGGUCUGUGACCAGGAUGCAUAUGCAUGCAGUGGUCAGAAGUGCUCUGCACAAUCAAUAGUAUUCAUGCAUGAGAACUGGUCUAGAACUUCACUUGUAUCCAAGAUAAAAGAUCUUGCUGAGAGGAGGAAGUUGGCAGAUUUAACUAUUGGUCCUGUCCUUACUUUUACAACUGCAGCCAUGCUUGAACACGUGAAUAAACUGCUUCAGAUACCAGGUUCAAAACUACUCUUUGGGGGUGAACCUUUAAAGAACCAUUCCAUUCCACCCAUAUAUGGUGCUUUAAAACCGACAGCUGUUUAUGUCCCACUUGAAGAAAUUAUGAAGGACAACAAUUAUGAGCUUGUAACAAGAGAAAUUUUUGGACCAUUCCAGAUUAUUACUGACUAUAAGAGAGAUCAACUCCCACUGGUAUUGGAUGCUCUGGAGAGGAUGCACGCCCAUUUAACAGCUGCUGUUGUAUCAAAUGAUACCCUGUUCCUCCAGGAAGUUAUUGGAAAUACAGUAAAUGGAACAACUUACGCUGGAUUAAGAGCAAGAACAACUGGAGCUCCUCAGAAUCAUUGGUUUGGACCAGCUGGAGACCCUAGGGGCGCUGGAAUUGGGACCCCAGAAGCAAUAAAGCUUGUCUGGUCUUGCCAUAGAGAGAUUAUAUACGAUAUUGGCCCCCUUCCAAGGCACUGGGAAAUUCCACCAUCAACCUGAGGAGUCACACUAACAACAGAAGAAGGGAAAAUAUUCAACUUCCAAUGCCUAAAAGUGAUGUCUGGUUUUGCAUGUCAAAGCCUUCAGCUAUUGGAAAAGGGGGGGGGGGGGGAAAGGAAGAAUGGCAGCAUUGUUUGAAGCUUUAAUAAGGUGAAUCUACGACUCUGCUGGUGGCAUGGAGUUUUGUGAAAGCAAGGGAUCAAGGGGACCAAAUAAGACAAGGGAACAGAGUUUUUUCUUUUUUCUUGUGCCUACCAAAAGGCUUAAACGUUAAGACUAUUUUAUCUGUGUCCCUAACAGGGUUGUGUCUAUUUCAACUGUCUCCUAACUGAGUGGCACUUUAUGAAUCUUGUUUCAUUUCAAACCUGUAGUGCCACAAACUAGGAAGAUGGCUUGUAUUACAAUAUUUAACGUUGUGCUUGGGUUAGGGAUUUUGAAGUAUGAUCUUAUUUGAAGUUAUGAUUGGGAGCUGUCAA